AUGUCGCUGGAAGAUGAAUAUGCUUGCACAGUAUGUUUUUACUAUGGUAAUAAAUGUGAGGCUGCAGGUUACCUGGGUUAUGUGUUUAUAUACGAUUACGAGUAUAAAGCACUGGAUCAACUAAUGAGCUCGGUAUAUGUGAAGUGUCAAGGGGGCAAAGACCCACCAUCUCAUAAACACUGCCCUGGUGAGACAUCUGCGGAUGAAUUACCUGCACCAGACUGGGGAUAUGAUGAUGAGUUAUAA